AUGUCCUUCCUGCUGGUCAUUCAUUGCUCGCUGCAGAACCGUUCUAUGGAAGGCCAUUUUGUGUUGAUGAAGGCCGGUUACCGCGUCUGUUCGUACGGAACAGGGUCGGCUGUGCGGCUACCAGGCCCAUCAAUAGACAAGCCCAACAUAUACCCUUUCGGUACCCCGUAUAAUGCAAUUUACGAGGAAUUGCAAGCCAAAGAUGCCCGAUUAUACACCGCGAAUGGCUUGCUCCAGAUGCUUGAUCGCAAUCGCAAUGUCAAGUUAGCACCUGAGCGCUGGCAGGAGGGAAGAACCAUGGCCGACGUGGUGAUCACUUGCGAGGAGCGGUGCUUUGAUGCUGUCUGCGACGAUCUAUUGACGAGAGGUGGGGACUACAAUCGCCCCGUACAUGUUAUCAACAUCGAAAUCACGGACAACCACGAGGAAGCCCUGAAAGCAGGGAAGAUCAUGUUGGAGCUAGCUGCUGCCAUUGAGGCCAGCGCGGACCUUGAUGAGGACAUGGAAAAGAUCGUGCAACGAUCUCGGGAGAAGCAUCCACAUAACUUCAUACAUGUUGUAGCGUACUAUUGA